AUGGGGGUGUGGUCCAGGAGAUAUCAUCAGCUGGGAAGGGGAUCGUCGGAAAUCGAGUCCAAGUCGUGUUUUUCGAACGGGUCAUUUACCCUCUCAGCUUUGUGGCCCGUUCACUCUCACAAUUCUUUAUUUCCUUUUUGUUUCAUAUUUGAGGAAAUGUUCAAGGCGUAUCCCAUUAUGCUUGUGUUUGGUUUUGCUUCCGGUUCGACACGGUCUGGUCUGUGUGCAUCGAGCUGUUUGUGUCUUAGCUAG